CCAGCAUGAGUGGUUCGCUGAGGCAACUGAUGGAGGAUGUCCAGAGCAAGUUCUCUCUGACCGAGCGUCUGGUCCGAGCCAUCUCCCUCCGCGGACCCCCCCGGGACAGUGUGGAGGAACUGAUUCGACGGGGAGCGGACGUUAACGGCAGCCAUGGGACGCUGAAGCCUCUCCACUGCGCCUGCAUGAUGUCCAACACACACUGUGUACAACUGCUGCUGCUCAACGGGGCACAGGUAGAUGGAGUGGACGGGUACCAGCGAGCUCCCCUACACUACGCAGCAGAGAGAGCCCCCCCGUGCGUGGAGGCGCUGCUGGGUUGGGGUGCGGACCCGGACGUCCGUGACGGUAACGGGGCCACACCGCUACACUGGGCCGCCUUCAGGGGCCGCGGGGAGUGCGUGCGGACCCUGCUGGAGGGGGGGGCCAGCGUGGACCCCCGGGACCACCAGCUGGACACCCCCCUGGGCUGGGCCGCCUCGCGCGGGGACCCCCCCAUCCUGCGGCUCCUCCUCGACUACGGGGGUGACCCCAGGAUCCGUAACCGGGGGGGCCGCACCCCCGUGAGCAGGGGGGUGGGGGCUCUGGCCAGGGGCGGGGACAGACAGGUCUGUCUGGAGCUGCUGGUGCGGGCGGCUGGGGUGGGGGGGGAGGGGGGAGACACGGAGCCCCCCACCCUCAAGGGUCUCUGUCGCUACGUCCUCAGGCACUCUCUCAGUGGCCGCAGGUUCCUGCCCCCAGCCAUCCGCUCUCUCCCCCUCCCUCACUCCAUGCACGACUACCUCAUGCUCAGCUGCUGAGGCCAUUCUGGGGCUCUGCCCCUGGUACUAGCCCCCU